AUGGAACAGUUGUAUCAGAACACAAACUGGCUACUGCAGAAGGUGCAGCACGAAUUGGCACGUCUGGAGGGAUCACAAAACGAGCAAGCCGCGCAACUAAUUGUUCAGGUCAUCUAUGGAGAUGUGAGGUAAGAUUUUCUGUUGAAAAAUACGAGAAACAUCAAUUACUUUUCAGCAAACUAAAGGAAAACUGCCAGACGCUCGACACGUACGUUUCACGCGAACAACCGGCCCGUCGGCAAGCGGUUUGUUGAAAUUUAACCAUAAAAAAAUCAUUCGAACAGAUUUCAGGCUCGAAUGCGGGUGGAUCAGUUGCGAACGGACGUGCAGAGGGUCGAUAUGGCAGUCUCGGCGAUCCACACGAGAAUGACACAGAGAUGGAGGGCUGCAAGUGAAAGAGACGAGCUCCUGACACAAAGGUGAGCAAUUCGAGCUGGUUUUUUUUUAGCAACGAAUGGAAAUCUGGUGUUACACGACCAGAGCCUCUCCAACUAUGCAUGCCCAUCAUUGAUUUUCAGAUACCGUCCUAAUGACACGUCACUCUCGAUCGGCGACCACGAACUUCAGCUCAACGACCGUCUCCAAUCGUCACACAAUCAUGUGAGCCGUUUCAUUUUGGGUACAAUGUAAAUGAAUUCGUGGUUUUCAGCUCGACGACCUGCUCAAUCAAGGAUCGGCCGUAUUAGAAAGUCUGAAGAUGCAACACCUGAACCUGCGAGGCGUCCGCAGAAAAAUUAUGGAUGUCGGACAAGCGGUGAGUGCUCUGACUUUUCGCUCACUAGUUUUGCGCUGAGUUGACCAACAUUGGGUUCCUAAAAGUCUUCACUCAAUGUUAAUUAUGCCAGUUUGCUAGGUUUCCGUUCAUUUUUUCUUGAAUUUGAAGCCAAGCAUGUGCAUAUGCGUGUUGGGAGGACGCGUCGCGGCUGCGUAGCGGUCCGAAGAAAAGGGGACUGCAGUCACUGAGUACAUCCCAAAAAUGGGAAUAAAUAUAAUUAAUUUCAGCUCGGACUCUCGAAUUCAACGUUGCAAGUCAUCGACCGUCGAGUACGAGAGGAUUGGCUCAUCUUCGUCAUCGGAUGCAUCGUCUGCUGCAUCUUCAUGUACGCAUUCUACCGAUUCUGGAGAGGAUAG